GUUUCCUUGCAACCUCAUCACAGAGAUGCGUGCGCAACAAGGGGGCAGAAGGCAGCUACAGCGCAGAGAUUUUAACCAAGGUAGAGCUCAGAUACAGCAGCGAUGACGCGCAGUUGUUGUGCAAUAAACUGCACAAACCGCCAAAAGGAUGGGUGGAAAAUGUUCAACAUUCCAAACGGGUCACAUGCCUUUGCAAGGAAUCGAAGGAAAUUAUGGAUUCAGGCAAUUAAAAGGGCGGAUUGGGAUCCUGAUGGUCCGAAAGGCAAUGAGAGUCUGUGCAGCGCCCACUUUGUGUCAGGAGAACCAUCCAUGGAUUAUGAUAGUCCAGAUUUUGUUCCAUCCAUUUUUUCCCAUAGCAGCGGAGACAGCACGGGAAAGGUGGCAAGAUAUGAAAGAAAGAGAAGGUGGGACGAAGCUAAAGCCGCUGUUGCCAGCCCAACAGGACAAACUGAGGCAGAUCCUCUUGAGUCCUCUGAAGGCAUCAGGCCGCCCAUCAUGAACGGCCCAAUGCACCCACGCCCCCUGGUGGCGCUGCUGGACGGCCGCGACUGCACCGUGGAGAUGCCCAUUUUGAAAGACGUGGCCACAGUCGCCUUCUGCGACGCCCAGUCCACCCAGGAGAUCCACGAGAAGGUGCUGAAUGAAGCUGUUGGAGCACUGAUGUAUCACACCAUCACCCUGAUGCGAGAAGACCUGGAGAAGUUUAAAGCCCUACGCAUUAUCGUACGCAUCGGCAGCGGUUACGACAACAUCGACAUCAAAUCGGCUGGGGAACUGGGCAUUGCUGUAUGUAACAUGCCAGCGGCCUCUGUGGAGGAGACAGCCGACUCCACGCUAUGUCACAUCCUCACAUUGUACCGACGUACCACCUGGCUGCACCAGGCUCUCCGGGAGGGCACGCGGGUGCAGAGCGUGGAGCAGAUACGAGAGGUGGCAUCAGGAGCCGCUAGGAUUCGAGGAGAGACACUGGGACUCAUAGGGCUUGGUCGUGUUGGCCAGGCAGUAGCUCUGCGUGCCAAGGCCUUUGGCUUCAAUGUCAUUUUCUACGACCCUUACCUUGCCGAUGGUGUGGAGAGGUCCCUGGGUCUCCAGAGGGUCACCACACUACAGGACCUGCUCUUCCACUCCGACUGCGUGUCCCUCCACUGCAGCCUUAAUGAACACAACCAUCACCUGAUCAAUGACUUCACUAUCAAACAGAUGCGUCAGGGGGCUUUCCUGGUAAACACAGCCAGGGGUGGUCUUGUUGAUGAGAAGGCUUUGGCGCAGGCCUUAAAGGAGGGCAGGAUACGAGGAGCCGCCCUGGAUGUGCACGAGACGGAGCCAUUCAGUUUCAGCCAAGGCCCACUGAAGGAUGCUCCCAACCUGAUCUGUACCCCCCAUGCUGCCUGGUACAGUGAACAGGCCUCGCUGGAGAUGAGAGAGGAGGCUGCCAGGGAAAUCCGGAGGGCUGUCACAGGUCGUAUUCCAGACAGUUUGAAAAACUGUGUGAAUAAGGAGUUUCUCACUCAGACCAACCACUGGGCAGGAGUAGACCCAGCUACCGUUCACCCUGAGCUGAACGGGGCGUAUAGGUACCCCCCGGGAGUUGUGAGCCUGGCAUCGGGCGGCCUCCCCCCAACCGUAGAGGGCAUCGUUCCCAGCGCUGUGCCCAUCACCCACACCCUCCCGCCCGCGGUGACACACCCUCCCCACGCCCCAUCUCCCGGCCAGAACACCGUUAAGCCACCAGAGGGCGACAGAGAGCAGCAUCCCAACGAUCAACUGUAGCCUCCAACCACACAAAUCCACAUACAUGCCUGCCGAUGUUGCCUGGCAACCAGAGGUUGUCAUGGCAGCCCUGCGUCAUAACGAUAACUUCCCUAGUGACAAGUUGUUUAGAGACAAGUCUAUAGAGUUUCAGAUUGACAGGUUGAGUCCCCAGUUACAAUCAAUCCACAGCUCACUGGCUAUCUGUUCUUGGCAGCCAGCUCAAACACCAAGGAGGAAGAAAAGGAGAAGUAUGAUGGUGAUGUUGGUGAUGGGGAGAAAGGGACAGUUUUCCUUCGCCCUGAGACCAACUGACUCAAAGAAGUCAAGGGUUACAGGUUAGACUGUGUGUAACAACUAUAGUUGAGUUUUAACCCCUUUACUAUGGCAGAAGGACAUAGAACACAAUGAAAACAUUUGUCAGUUUUGGGGAAAAAAAUACAUAUAUAUAUAUUGAAUCAAAUCUGCUGUCUUAGACUGUAGUUUGUCCAAAGUUAGGAGGGCUUAUUUCAUCUUUCUGUCUCUCUCUCUUGCUCUCUUUUUUGUGCUCUUUCUUUUUCUGUGGCCUUCCCUUAGUUUGAUGUACAACCGUAGGUAGUGGGUUAUGAAAUGAAUGUAACCUGUCUGUGUACAGUUUUUUUUUUAGACUUGCAGCGAGAAGAUACUGAUAUUUGUAUUGCAGUCUUAACACAAACAUGAGUGAUGUGAUCUCUCAAUGUAGCCAAACUGGUUUGAAAAGUAAUACAUUAUCUGUUCCUUUUUUUUUUAAUGUUUCCCCAAAAUAACAGGCCCCAAAAAGAGGCAGCUUUUUGCACACCGUCUCAGGAAGUUAAGUUACCCCAGUUGGUUAAUUAUUAUUAUUAUUUUUUUAUUCAUUUUAAAGUUCCUUUCGAUGCAGAUGAGUGCUUUCCCCCCAUAGUUCCUUACUCUUUGGUGUCUUACAUGGAAAAAAAAGAAGGUUGUUUUAACAUUUUGAGUUUUUUGACCCAUCAGUUUUUAAGGGGCAUGUGCUUUUGCAGUUGCAUAAACGUUUCCCGAGUUUGACCCAAAUGGAAGGGUUUUCGGGGAGAACGGCUUAAGGGUGGUGGCAAAAUGGUAUGCUUCACUGGGAUGAUUUCAUCCUCUGCCUUGAUUUUCAACUACAAUUCACAGUAUCUGGUUGAUUACUCUGAGAGACAAAGCAUGGUAGACCACAAGUAAAUACUUUGCCUAUUUGUCACUGACUGCCAUUACACCAUCCGCUUUAAGAGAUUUUGGAGGGGGAAAAUAAAAGUUUUUUUCUUGCUAUGCCUUUUUUUUUCCAUCCUUACCUGACCGCCACAGAUGAUACAAUACACAGCUAGCAGUGUCGAAAUCAAGGAAAGUUUUGUAUUGGAGAGUUAGCACAAGGUUUGAUACAAAUAGUCCAAAGCAUCAGCAUGCUGUUUCGUGCUAGCCCAUCAGUAUUCUAUGGUGAGUUGCCCUUGUAGAUCUGGAUACACUGAAUGGCCCGGCUGACAAGGGGAAAAAGUAAUUGAACAGAUUUCAAGCAUUGUUUUUUUUUUUUUUUGCAGCUUCACGAACCUGCACAAUAGUGUGUUCUCUUUCACAGCCACCUUAUAAUUUAACUAAACAGUUUAUUUAUUAGUCUGGAUGCAAAAUGGCAAUCUCACCACAGAGGGGCACUGUGCCAUCAGGUAAAGGUCAAUGACAGAGAGGUUGCAUGGUUAAUGGUUUUACUUUUGUGCUGUUCAGGUGUGUAGGAAGUUAAGCCAAAUGUGUUAUGUCUUUUGUCAUGGUCUGCUCCAAGUCUACCUACUUUUACUCAGCUGUUUUGUUUUUAAAUGUAUGUGACACCUGGCUCCACAAAGUGCUCAGUUUUAUCAAUUUUCCAAAAGAGAGGCCUACUGGUGAGCGCAAUGAGCUAUGGAUUAGUAGAAAAAUCAACAAAAGUGAAAUAUGCACAAUGAAGUAAAGAUAUUUGACCAGAUUGCUGUCUUUCACUAUAGCAUGGUAAAAUGUUCUGAUUUUCAUCUGAAUCCAAGUGGUUUUAGUGUGUAGUAUCCCUUUAGCAUUUCAUGAUGGGUCCUUUCUAAAUAUACCGUUUAGCCUCUA